AUUGCUCAAGUCCACGACAUCUUUAUCAUACAAAUUUGUUUUUUUCUUUUCCCUUAAAAUCCGUUCAACCACAGACUCCUUUUCACAUAUUCACACAAACACACACACACACGCACACGCACGCACCUCUUGGAGCGCAUUCCUCUGCCCAUAAUGAAUCUUGAUAAUCUUCGCGACGUCGUUCAGAAUAUUUCUUUGUACGAUGUCAAGGCAGCCGUUCGAAAGGCUCAAAAUGUCGUCAUGAAUUACACUGAGAUGGAAGCGAAGGUGCGGGAGGCAACAAACAAUGAACCAUGGGGUGCAUCGUCUACACUUAUGCAAGAGAUAGCAAAUGGGACAUUUAACUACCAACUCCUGAACGAGAUUAUGCCCAUGGUCUACAAACGAUUUACAGAAAAGUCUGCUGAAGAAUGGAGGCAGAUUUACAAGUCUCUUCAACUCCUUGAAUUCCUUGUCAAGAAUGGCUCAGAACAGGUUAUCGACGAUGCUCGCUCCCACCUCUCGACUAUCAAGAUGUUGCGCCAAUUCCACUUUAUCGAUAUGGCGGGCAAAGAUCAGGGGAUUAAUGUCCGUAACCGUGCUAAAGAACUUGCCGACCUCCUUUCCGAUGUUGAAAGAAUCCGUACCGAGCGUAAGAAAGCGCGUAGCAAUAAGAACAAAUACGGUGGAGUUGAGGGGGGCGCUGGUCAAUUCGGGGGUUUUAGCGGGGGGAUGAGCAGUGGCGGCGGCGGUGACAAUGGGUUCGGACGACGGUAUGGCGGAUUCGGCAGUGAUAGCAUGGAGUAUGGGGGCUACUCCGGAGGUGUCUACGGAGAUGGCGGUGGGUUUGGGGGUUCUUCUGGAUUCCACGAUGAGGGGUCCGGAAGCUCCAGGGCUGCCUCGAGAUCUCAGAGGUUCCAGGAAUAUGAUGAAUACGAUGACGGUGGUGCUACCGCUGGUAGACGCUCUGCACCGCCGCGGAGACAAGCUGAGCCUGUCAAGCCUCCACCAAGGAAGGAGCCUGAUGUCGACCUAUUUUCAUUUGGAGAUGAGCCAGCGCCUACAAAACCCGCUCCUAAACAAAAUACCAAGCCAAUUUCCAAUCCCCUCGAUGAUGAUUUCGGCACUCUGCAGUCUGGGGGGGCAGACGAUGACGACUUUGACGAUUUCCAGUCCGCUGAUCCCGCGCCUGCUCCAAAACAACAGCCUCUUUCGUUUACUCCUCUCCCUGCUGUUACCACAAGUGCAGCAUCUGCCAAUCUCAUACAACCCAAACCUGUGAGUGCUCCCCAGGCGGCUGGCCUCAACGAUCUCGUCGGCAUUUCCUCCAUCUCCCCAGCUCAGCCUGCGUCAUCCGUGGCAUCCCCAUCCAUAAUGACACCUGCAACAACCGGCGGUGGCCAAAGCGGCCUAGGCGGUAUGGGAACGGGCAUGGGCAACAUGGGGGCAGUGGGUGGUAUGAGUGGAAUGACCCCGAUGAAGCCCGCAAACGUCUCCUAUCAACCCACUCAGCCAAAUUACUUUACCUCCGUCCCUAUUAGUAUCAACAACAACACCACCCCACUAUCUCCGGCUUCCACUGGCUCCUCGACUCAGGCUAAGAAGCCCACCGGCGACGCCUUCGGUUCAUUAUGGAAUACCGCUGCGAAGGACUUUAAGAAGCCUGCAACCCCAAGUAACACGAGUACUCCAAGUCUCCAGGCCAUGGCCAAGGAGAAGGCUAGCGCUGGUAUUUGGGGUGCUCCAGCUCAGACUUCGCGCCCAGGAUCUUCGGCGACGGCUAGUAGUGGGAAAACUGGCGGGAACGUGUUGGAUGAUCUGCUUGGGUAAUUGGCGUUACCUUUUCUUUCUUUCCCUGGUGGGAGCGGUGGUUUUUUCUAUAAAACAACGAUCUGGUGAAUAUCCUUAAGCCUUUCAAUCGGUCGUUUGUUUGCUGAAUGGUGAGCGAAGAAAACAUUGAUUGUGAGAGGAAAUAAAAGAAGGAUCAAAUCUUGGUUUGUGAGAGUUUUCUUUUUUCCUUCUUUUUCCUAGGGAGGGUACUUUUUGUUUAUUUUUUCUCUUUCCUACUACAAGUUAGCCUCUCUCUGUCCUGUCGUGAUGUCGUGAUGCGCUCUCUUCCUCCUUUUUUUACAUAUAAAAUUCAAGUUUCGGUCUUCUCU